AUGGUUUCUAAGAAAUCGGCAAAGUCUGCCAAGCCCGCCAGCGGCAAGGCCAAGGGCAAGGGGAAGAAGAAGAGGGCUGAGACCUACAGCUCCUACAUCUUCAAGGUGUUGAAGCAAGUGCACCCAGAGACUGGCAUCAGCAAGAAGUCGAUGAUGAUCAUGACUUCUCUUAUUGGCGAUACCUUCGACAAAAUCGCCACUGAGGCCGGCAAGUUGUGCAAGUACAACAAGAAAGACACCCUCUCUUCCCGGGAGAUUCAGACAGCUGUCCGCCUCGUGCUGCCUGGAGAGCUCGCUAAGCACGCUGUCUCCGAGGGCACAAAGGCCGUGACGAAGUAUACCGGCAAAUAA